GACAGCAGACAGUCCAAGCGGGAGCACACCAGACGCCGAAGAGCAACUGGAACUGCAACUUGGAGACAAGAUGACGAGAUCGACCUACAUUUGGGCGCUAGCCGCCUGCCUGAUCGCCUGUGCGAGCGCCAAUUACGGCGGUCCCCAGGGCUAUGGACCCGUAUCCGGUGGCCAUGGCGGUGGCUCCGAUGGAGGUGCCGAUGCCGCCUCGGCGGCCGCAGCUGCUGCCGGUGGUGCCGGUGGAGCUGGUGGCGAGUUCGGUGGUGCUGGUGCCGGUGCCGGUGCUCUGGAAUCCGGAGCCGAUGCCGCCGGUGUGGCCCAGGCUGGCCAGAGCAGCUACGGCUCGGACCAGAACAUCCCCUACAAGCCGGUCAACACCAAGGGCAACACCCUCACCUCGUCGAUCACCUACCCGCAGAACAAGGGCGAGAUCCUGAUCCAUCGCCCCGCCCCCAUCAUUGUGAAGCGUCCGCCCACCAAGGUGCUGGUCAACCAUCCCCCACUGGUGGUGAAGCCCGCUCCCGUGGUGCUCCACAAGCCCCCAGCAAUCGUGCUCCGCAAGGUCUACGUCAAGCAUCACCCACGUCGCGUCAAGGUUGAGCCCGUGUUCGUCAAUGUGGUGAAGCCGCCAGCAGAGAAGUACUUCGUGAACGAGAACAAGCAGGGCUACGGCCAGGGCUCGCAGUCCCAUGGACAUGGACACGGCGGACACGGACACGGUCACGGCGGUCACGGACAUGGUGGACACGGUGCCGGUCCCCAUGGUCCCGGUCAGCAUGACGGUGGUCGUGCCCUGCCCGCCUACGCUUCGGGAGCUGACUCCGCCGCCGCCAGUGCCGGCUAUCAGCUGCUCCAGAGCGGCAACCAGGGUCUGUCCGCCCUCGCCAACAUUGCCGGCGAACGUGAGGGUCCCUAUGGAUCCGGACCGAGCCACGGACAUCAGCACUACAGCGCUGGUCCGGCCGGACAUGGCGGCUAUGCUCCUUCCUCUUACUAAAUUAAGAUGCGGAGUCACGGAUCAGGUGACUGCUGCUGCUCCGGAAUCCCCUGAAGCGUCUGUCCAGUCACUUGGUUAUCCGGCCGAUUAGUUACUAUGUUUUAAACCAAAAAAAAACACAGCCUGAUCGCCCAACGCCCAUGCCUACGCCCACGCCCACUCAUGCACACCAAUCCGCACCCAACUCCACCAACCCAUUCAACGGCCAAGGGGGCGUGGCACUCAGGUUUCUUUGCAAACAAAUAAAAAAAUUUGAAAAAAAAAAA